GCGUGGCGUCCCAUUUCUUGGAAACCCUCCACCGCGCCACACCAGCAACUCUGUGAUGGCGUCUAUGACCGUUUCUCCAUGCCCCCCUCGUGAGUCCUUGAAGCGAACUCGCAUGGUGACGUCACCCAUCGACUCCGGCUUCCCUGUGCUGAGCGAGGACGCAUCGCGAAUGAUCAAACGGCGCUGCUUUCCGCAGGUCGCCCCAUCCGAGGACGACCUGCCCAAGUAUUCGCAGCGGCAAUUCGAGUACAUGGAACAGGCGAAACACGCGGACUUAAACCGACUAAGAACCGAAUGUGAACAAAUCCUCUUGCGCAAAGAGAAAGACAUGCAGGAGAUGCGCGUGGAAUUUGACCGCCUGCGAGAGAUGUGCAUGGGACAAGCAAAGGAAUUUGAAAAGAUCCAAGCUGAAAACAAGAUCCUUCGACGUGCGGUGACCAUCCAAAAUCAACAGAAGGAAGAGGCGACACAGGAGAAUGUUGCGCUGAAGCAACUCGCCCACCAAGCCGCCGACCACAUCAAGCGCCUCGAGCAAACGAACUACGCCCUGCGCGUCCAUCUUCACACCAGCAGCGCCGGUGGCGCGGCCGCGUCGAGCCAUUUCUCGUCCGACGUGUACUAAUCCACCAACCACCACGCGCACCCGCCUAACGUUUUCGGUGUCCAUCACCCCGUCGCUGCCAUCCCCUAUUAUAUAUUUCGCCUGAACUCACUCAGCCCUAUCCACUCAACUGUAUCACUCAUAUUAACGAAAGAAUUUUCAUCACA